AGUAAACUGUUUUAUAAAACCAAGCUAAUAGUAGUCAUAACAUUAAGAUUCAAAAUUAUCGUUAAAGGUUAGUCCCUAGCAACUGAAACCGAUUUGGUUAGCCAAAUUAUGACCAUCACCAACUGGUAUAAUUGGUCCGUUAAGGAUUUUAGCAAUGAGUCCCAUGCCAGACCCAAGUUGAUUCCGGGAUUCGACCAGUUGGAUGGGAGGCUGAAGGCGGCGCUUCAGGAGCAGGACUUGGUUAAGGAUCAGCGUAAGCGAAAACAGGCGGGUGGUGGCCAACGCCAGGGAAAGCCCAAGAAGCUGAAGAGGACCAGGGGGCAGACACCACGCGUAUGCGAGUUCCAGCAGGUUUACACCGAGAAACGCAAGGAGCUAAAGCGGUUGGCCAACACGCAACGAAAUGCAUUCCAGUUCCGGAGCAGACCUGUGCCCGAUUUUGAGCGAUCUCAUCGACAAUUGGAAAGGCGCCGGCUGUACCUGAACUCUCUGCAAAAGCUGACGAAGCCCCGGGGUCCUGGCACCCUGUCCACAUCCAACAGCCGCCCAAAGAAGCAAAUGCCGUGCCAGAAGACAUCCGACUUUGUGCCCCGAAUCAAUCCAGGAUCUUCCAUGGACUACCUCAACCGUCAGCCCUUCACCCCGCGUGUCAACUCCUCCUAUACCCAUCCAAAACCUUUUCGUCUCCAUACGUCGGACCGGGCUCUGAGUCGCCAACUGUAUGACGAGAGGAAAAGGAUACGGAUGGACCGGCGCUUGGAUCAGCUGGCUAGCGAUUGGUUUGCGCGGGAAAGGAGGGAGUAUUUGAAGCUACGCAAAAUGACAAAUUUCAAGGCUACUCCAAAUCCCUGGAAGCGAACAAGGCUCACAACUAAAACAGGUUCUCAGGGAGCCUAGAAAUAAUAAUUAAAU